AUGUUUCUCAACACAACAUGCCCAGGUGCAGUGACUAUCCGAGUGUUCCAUGGGAAAGCCAACGACCCUGACAUUGCCAGUACUCUAGUUCAUGGAGGUGGAUUAGUGAUCAACCCACCACCUAAGACCAUCUAUCAACAGAGGUUACAUCAGCUCCACGAAGCUGGAUAUUCUACCAAUCAAAAAGCCCCCCUGGGCAUAUCACAUGAUCAGAGCCCUGGGCUUCCAAGGUGCGGUGCGAUUAUCAACCCACCUAAAAGCGUGGAGCAGGUGGAGACAGAGGCUCAGGAGGGACACCAGUCUUAUAUCUGCUCCCACAAUGCCUACUUUGUCAGUGAACAGGUUGAUAGGAAAUACAAGGGGAGCCGUUAUGGAAAGGACGGCAGGUUCGGAGUGCCUACUCCCCACCACAACGAUGGACGCAGUGUCUCCAAAUCUCUCCACUGGUUGUGUGAUACUCAGAAUGCAAAGUUUGUUUCUCAGAGAUGUGAUGACAGGGAAAGGAUACAGCCACAGAUUAGCAAAGUGCAUGACCCAUGGUCAGUGCUGUACGCCAGCACCUCAAGAAGGUCAACUUCCACAACUUUAACUCCCUGCUGCAGGCCUUCAGGCACGACGACAAGGUUACAUACAGUGCAUUCAGAAAGUAUUAAGACCCCUUGACUUUUUCCACAUUUUGUUAUGUUACAGCCUAAUCCUA